UGGACAUCCACAAGUUACGAGCUUUUGCAACAUCACAACACAACAUAUCCAGGGACAUAACUAUUGUGAUGCUUGUUAAAGAGUUGCCUCCCUCAAAUCGCUAUUUACAGAUGAAGGAGUAUCUGGUGCAUCGUGAUGUGGAAGAGGACUUUGCACCGCAUCGAGACACUGCUGAUGUUGGGGCCAGGUGGAGUUUUUAGUCGAAGCUAUUCAUAAAUUGUGUGCGCAAACACCAGCAUGUCGUCACCAGAUCGAAACCUCCAAAUAGACCAAGGAGAUGCCCGAGUAAAACAGACGUCAGUUACUGAUCCAAAGGCUGUCCCGAAAUCAAGGACCUCUAAAAUAGACUUCUUGCCAGGUGGGAAUGCCGCGUCAUAUGUUUCACAAAGAUCGAGCUCUGUCGAGACGCUUGACACUCCAAACCAGGUGGAGUAUCACGAGUCAGGCCUUCAGUCAAACAGGCGGUCUGAAGUCGGAGGGGUAAUCGAAGAUAGUCAAGACAAGGACGAUGGCUUGGUACACAACUGUGAAACCAUGCCACCCACCAUGUUUCAUCCAGAGCACCAGAGUACCCCUAAUCAGUUUCGGUACAGAAAUUUCUCAGAUGGAAGCAAUUUAAACACGCCUUCAGAUUUGUCAGAAGAGCAUGACAUAGCAGAUGACAGAGUGCUGUCUGAAAGCCAGAUAUUAAUACCAGGGGACCUGUUGGUUCCUAUCAUGGGAUUUGAGACAAUGGAAUCACGAUCUAAAUUUACAGUGUAUAAAAUUCAGGUGCAGAUUGGAGGUGACUCAACUGGCUGGUUUGUCUUUCGGCGAUACUCAGACUUUGUCCAUUUAAACGAAAGGCUAAAGAGACUUUUUCCAGGAUUCCGAUUGGCUUUGCCUCCUAAAAGAUGGUUUAGAGAUAACUUUGACAAAGAGUUUCUUGAAGAAAGAGUGCUUGGGCUGCAAGCAUUUCUGAACAACAUUACAGGACACAAAGAUAUUUGUAACAGCACUCCAGUCCGAACUUUUUUCUGCUUGGAUGAGCCUCCAGGUCCUCAUGACAGUCUUGAGGAAAGCAGGGCUCUAUGUGACACUUUAGAGGAGACUCUAUAUGCUCUGCGGCAAGAGUUGCGGGAAAAAGAAUCUGAAAUUAGCUUGCUGAAGGAGGAGCUGGACUUGUACAGGGCACAAGUGGAGAUGUUGUCAUCCCGCCUCAGGGAUAGGAACACUAACUUAACCAAGGGAGAAAGCUUGGUUUCUCCUACUUCAGUGGGGUGUUCUUUAGCAGAAUGUGAUCGGCACAGAGAUUCCAUACCAAGCACACCUUGCUUUGAAGAUGAACCAAAUAAAACUAAAUAAUAAAUAAAAUUCCAUGACCGUUUGCGAGUGGCCAGUGCUCUGAGCAGUAUUGGUAUGUAUCGAUGUAUGGUGCACAGCUAAUGUUUAUUUUAUUGUCUUUUUUUUUUUUUUAAAGGAUUAUGUGCAUCGUAAAAGUAUGUGUGUGUGCAUACCUGUAUGCAUGCAUACAUAAUAUUUUCUGUCCUAGAAUCUACCCUUUCAUUUCAUACUGUUUUCUGAGAUGCAUUACUUUUCUGUAUACUUCCGAGAGAAUGCUGCAAUAACGUGUGAUUAAAAAAUAACUGGUGGCUGGUGUUUUAUGUGGAGGCAACAACUAAGUAUAUCUCAGAAUAAGCAGGUCCAGUCCUGUGAACACUUGCUUCAUCCAGAGAGGAAUAACGUGAGGGUUACACCAUGUGGUCAACACUUCUUACCAUCUACAUGUCAAAUGUUUUUGGUUGUUCUACUAGAAUACACCAAAUUCUAUGCCAGGAGUUAAACUAAAUUGUUCAUUUCUCAGUGUGUACUUCUGUUUUAUAAAAAUAUUUUCUUGAUGGCUUGAAAUCUCAUCCACUCCUUCUACUCAAAAGCAAUGUGCCUUUCUAUUUCACCUCCAACAUGAGAAGCUUGCAAUAUUCAUGUGUACAGCAAUGUGUAUUAUUGAAUAACAUCGCAAUUUUUAAUUGUUCUUUCAUUCAAAAGGAUGCUUUAUAUACCCACCAUUUUUUCUGCUGUUGCAGUGCAUGUAUUUCAGAGUUUUGUUUUAAAUUUAUGCACUAACAAUUUGAAAAACUUUGGAAAGAUUCAUUGGUGUAGAGCUAUAUUUUUUCAUCCUUUCAUGCUGCCUUAUGUAUAAUGCAAAUAAAAGGGGGAAUAUGCCUAUUUUGUAUCCUAUUUAUUGGACUCCUUGGAUACAGGGAUUUAAAAAAAGGUAUUCUUUUAAGAAGUCAAAAAUAGUGAUGUUAAAUGCUUUGACCCAGGCAGCAAGAAUGCAAUUUCAUUUCCACUUUGUAAUUAACUUAAUUUCUGUAGCUGAGACCGGAAUAGAUAUUACAAUUUUGAUGAGUUUCUGUCAAAAGAGAAGAUCCCACUAUACACAGAUUUUUUAAAAAUUAAAAUGGUCUAAUAAAUGUUCUCUUAAGAGAUUCUGUGAAAUACAGCAAUUAGCAAAAUUAUAAGAAGCAUUUCAACCUAAUCUAGCUUGUGUAAUGAAGUUCACUGCGCUGUUUUUAGAGAAGAGGUGAGACAAGACAAAUCUGAAGCCUGCUCAAUUUAUGUAAUGGACAUUUACAGAGCAACGAAUAAGGCAACAAUAGAUUACCAGUUCAGAAUGUCAGUUUUGGUGGUGCAUAAUAUAUGCAGGCUAUUGAAAUUGUGAACAUGUAGUAAUGAGAGGAAACCAGCAUUUUGUGCAUGCAUUUAUUCUGUUACCAAAUUGUAAUGCUUGCCCUGGGAAUAAGAUAACCUUACUGCUGUACAGUCUAAUGCAAGAGUUCGGUCUAAAUAAAAUCCAAAUGUAAGCAUGUCAUCAUCACUUCACAAUCAGUAAAGACUAGAUUAUUCAUUUUAUGACAGGUGCAGGCAGCAUUUUAGCUUUAGCAGCUGCCUUCUUUAAAACAAAAGCAGAGAUAAUCGAGUAGGGACAAAUUAGCAUCAUCAGAAUCUGAAAUAAUUACAGAACAGUUUCUUACAUAAAAUUGUCGAUAUUGUUUUAGUAAAUGUAAUUAUGUCUGGUAAUUUACUCAUGAGGUUAUUUUUCAUAAAGCUGUUUCAAUAUAUUCAUACAUACAAUUUAGCAUUAUGUAAUAUUACUUUUACAAAAGGCGGAAUCUUAUGGAAUAAAUUUUGCUUAUAAUUGAUUCAUAAAGGGUCUUAGAUAAAUGUCAGCAUUUGUCAUAAUCACACUAUUUUCUAAUUAGUUAGGGGUAUAGGAGUAACUUGAAGAAGCAUAUGCCCAUCAAAAUAGGCUGAUUUUUUAAAUAUUUUUUAAUAGCCUUUUCAGUACUAUUCACAUAGUGCCAGACCAUUUAUAUAGUGCACACAUUUAGGGCAUAGCUUAGCUAUAUGUAGGUGUACAUAUCUGCACUCACAUUUCUGGAGCAGGUGUGUGUGUUUGAGAGAGAGAGCAAGCAGACACAUUUACAUUAUUUGACUCUGCUUAAUAAUGGUCGUGUGUGUGGUUCUUGUAUCAGUAUCUUGAUUUUUUUUUUUUUUUAAUGUAUUGCUUCCAUUGGCAUGUGGACAUUUUCAGUGUGGUUUCAUUGGGAGUUUUUGGUGUUUCUAUAGUUGUUGCACAAAUGUGCAAGUGAAACCGAUGAAGUAAGCUGAUAUGGUUUUUGAAAAAAAAUGAAGUUUUGGUUCACUCCUGGACCAUCAUUGCCAUGUUUGUAUAUUUGUAAAAUAGUAGAAAGUGCCUGUUAAAGAUGAUUAAUACCAUCAUAACUUUUUUUUUUUGCCAAGGGCAUUUUGUGAGGGUAAUGUGCCAGCAGUUUAUGUUUCUUUAUAGCAGGGAAGGAAAUGUUAUUAGUCUGUAUAGGAUAUAAACAUCAUUGUUUAUAAGAGGAAUGCCUCUGCUCACAAAAUCUUCCAUCUGCUAUGUAUGUCACAUGUAUGUAUGCUACAUUGUUACCUUUGUAUACUAAUGCCAUAAUAUUUUCUGGCAUGUCUUUGCAAAUUUCUUCAUUUUUAAGUUAUCAUUUACUCCAUUCUUGUCAUUCAGAAUGAGUGAAACUAGUCUUAUUGCUGAUCUCAUCUUUAUGCAUAAUUAGACAUCUGUCACCUAGAUGGAUGGGUGCUUAAUGUAUAAACUCGCUUUGGAAAUAUGUACAAGGCACUGAUUAGAUACAAUGGCCAAAAGUUAAUUUGUUUAAAAUGCAUCCACUAUAGUCAUUAUCUACAAGUUUUUCACAACAGUGGCAUUUUGUUACAGUAUUGUGCAGCAUUAAUGACACAGUGAUCCACUGAAUAUUUGAAAUCACCAUUUACAGUGAAAAUUUCUACCAUCAGUGACUCCUGCACUUUUUUUCCCUAAGCGUUUCUGGCAACUGUUCUUGGUAAUUAACAUAGCCUUUAAGUGCAUGUAGUUAAGCUUCAGUAUUAAGUUAUUCCUGCUCAAGCUUGCAAGCAUCUGACAUUCAAGUGUAAAAUAUCUUGUUUUUUCAUCUAAUAUGAAACUGAAUCUGUUCAGUGUGUGUGUGUGCUUACAUGUGUGAAAGAAUGACUUCUGGACAGAUGGGGUAAACAGCUGUACAUUAUUUUCAUGGUUUUACAACUUUGCACUUUAAUACCUACAGAAGGGACAAAACAGCUAUAGCACUGCAAAACAACUGUGAUCUAGGAAAUAUUUUAGAUUUUACCCUUAGCAUCUUCCCGAGUGGCAUUUUUACAAGUUUAAAAAAAAAAUCCACUCACUAUAGCUUAAACAUAGAUUUUAAAAGUUUUUAUCAUUUUAAUAAAAGUAUUGUGCAUUUUGCUAUGGUAGAUGUACUUGUUUUAAGUAGCUGCUUAAGAAAUCCUGGUAAAAGUCCAAUUGGUUAAUGGCAAUUUUUUAAAGUGUUUAUUUUGCCCUCAUUCUUUCAUUUCCAUUUGUUUUUUGUUUGCAUGUACAAUUGCGUAAAAAUUUCAAAAUAAAGAAUGACAAACAGUU